AUGGACCCCAAGGAAUUUGACGAAAUGGAGACAGAGGAGGAAGUUGAGACUGAUGAUGAUGAGGAGGAGGAGGAGGAGGAGACCGUGAAGGUUGGCAACCGCCCCUUCAACACGAGAGCUUAUGUCAACAGCUUCAUCAAAGUCAUAGACACGACAAAGGCCAAGAAGCACACCCCUGAUGCUGGCAUUGACCGUAUUCUCCAAGUCCAUGACCAUAUGCUGUCUGUGCAAGACUUUGAUGCUAGCCGUAAACAAUAUGGACAAAUGGCAGAAGCCAUGUCCUGCCUAUUGGAAUCGAUGCAUCGAUGGACGUUGAUGGCCAUGACAGGAUUUUGUGGAGAACAAAAAAUGGAUCGAACCGACGUCUUUCCUGCAUUGAUUGACUGGACUUCGGGCGUCAGUCUUGUAUUCAAUUACUGCGCUGAGCAAAAACACAAUCUGCUUGUUGCGAAACCAAACUGGUGGUACCAGGAUGGGAUGCUCAAGCGCAUCUCAAAGGUGGCACUCAAUGCAGCCACGGAUAUAUAUAGUCUAGCAGAACAUCCAGAGACGGCCCACUUGUUUCCCGGACACGAAUUCUCAUUGGCCCAAGUUAAAGCCACUCGAGCCAAGGUGCUUUCUGGAUGCUAUGGCCAAGCCCUGCAUGUGAUCCGCACCGAGAAAGAGAUUGAUGAAGCGGUUGAACUCUUCAUGAAGCCUACGAUACAUGCGCAUGGGUGCUAUGGCACUUGCCCAGAUUUGUUGGAACAAAUGGCUGCCAGUCAUGUAAAAAUGAUGACUGACGAGCAAACAAAUCUUUCUGCUUUGGAGCGUGGGGAGGCUGGGUUGUGGGUGGUCGUUCACGGUUUGGUGAGCCAAGCAGGACAAGCAAUGAAUGGCAAACUGGGCCUUGUCUUCAAGGAUGGGUUGGUAAAUGGGCGAGUUGCUGUGGAAGUGGAAGGGUUUGAGGGAGAAAAGCGCCUCCUUCCGACCAAUCUCCAGGAAAUCCCCUUCUCGGAGAUGCAAGUGGCCCUCAUUUCUACCCUGCCAAUUGCCGAGCAGUGGAAGUUCGUGCGAGGCUCCAACAAGCAGCUGUAA